UGCCCGUUGCCCAAAGGGAGAUGGGUUGCAGGUAGAAACAGCGGAGAAGAAAUAGGAGAACUGGUAGGCUGGGAUUGCAACUGAAUACUGUCUCCCCCCUCAAUUCUUCUUUAAACAAUUCCGACAGGAUGAACCAUAGGAAAGCGUGAAAAACGUCGGCCGGAGACGCUGCCGUUGACGCCGCUGUUGGUGUCACGGGACCUUAAGCUUUUAAACGCUGGCUGGCUGUAAAUGGGGAGAGCGAUCACAGGUUCAGCCGUGUGUUCGAAGAAUAAGCCCGGUGACGUGGGGAAAAACAACCCCAACCAGAAGUGAGCAUCGACCCCCCCAAAAAAAUGUUGAACUUCUCUGCGUCACCCAUCUCCCCGGAGGCUGUUCGGCUCGGACUACCAUAGCCUGACAUCCUUCUACGCGAAGAGUGUUAUUAUUUUUGCUCAUCCUGGGGCUGGAAUGGCGAGUCGGCACCUGAUGAAUUUGUCCCAGGCGUGGGACAAGUACAUCAACUGCAGGACGCACGGAGCAGACCUACAGGUCACCCUCCAGUGCUUAGAACGCUUCCUGUGCCUGUUCCACUGCGUCCGACACAUCAACAAUCCAGAUUCCAAGGAUGCUGUGAAGUUCUGCUCAGACAUGAGCAGCUCCAGUAACACCCUGGCCCGGGAGUUCCUGACCGAUGUGCACCAGCUGUGCAGCGCGGUGGCCCAGCAGGUGGAGGCGCGGGAGGAGGAGGAAGAGGAGAGUCACAUGGUGGCACUGGGAGAGUACCUGGUGAGGGGGCGGGGCUUCCUCCUGCUCAGCACUCUGGACUCCAUCAUUGACCAGGAGCUGACCUGCAGGGAGGAGCUGCUGACUUUGCUGUUGUCGCUGCUGCCUCUGGUUUGGAAGAUCCCCGUGCAGGAGGAGAGAGCCCCAGAUUUCAUCCUGCCUUCGCUGGCGGAGGUCUGCUUCAGCAGGGAAGGGAGAGUCCCCCCCGUGAAGGGAGCCCAGGAGAAGACGGGCUCGGAGGUGCCGGUGGCCCCCAAGCGCGCCUCCGGCAGCUGGAAAGCCCGGCGCCAGCGCAGGGGUGCCCAGCGUUACUCGGUGAGGGAUGCCCGAAAAUCCCAGCUCUCCACUUCCGACUCGGAGGCCAAUUCCGAUGAGAAGACGAUCAGCGCUGGUUGCAAGUACCGGAGGGCACACAUCUCGAGCCACCUGGUGAGUGGCCAGCCCCGCUUGUCCAGAACGCCCCCGCCGACGUCGCCCCUCGCGGACGCCAUGACCACCGCGGACAGGACCGCGGCCCACCCGCGCCUCGCCGGCGGCCCGCCCUCCGAUUCCGAGACGCUGAGCGACCCGGCUGCCUUGUCCAUCUUCAACCGGAUGGAGAACUCGCCCUUCGACCUGUGCCACGUGCUGCUCUCCCUGCUGGAGAAGGUCUGCAAGUUCGACAUGACGUUAAAUCACAACCCUUGCCUGGCCGUCAGCGUGGUGCCCACCUUGACCGAGGUCCUCGCCGAGUUUGGGGACUGCUGCGGCCCAGGCGGCAGCGGCGGCGGCGGGGAGGAAGGCGAGGGAGGCAGAGGGAUAGGAGAGGACCUGGCGGCUGGCUGGACGGAGGAGCCCACGGCCCUGAUCCAGAGGAUGCUCCUGCGCACCAUUCUCCACCUCAUGGCGGUGGACGUGGGCCAGAGGGAGGCCCUGCCGGACAACCUGCGGAGGAAUCUGACGGACCUCCUGCGGGCCACCCUGAGGAUCCGCAGCUGCCUGGAGAGGCAGGCCGACCCCUUCGCUCCCCGCCCGAAGAAGACCCUGCGGGAGGUGCAGGACGAUUUUUCCUUCUCCCGGAGCCGCCACCGCGCGCUGCUGCUGCCCGAGCUGCUGGAAGGCGUCCUGCAGGUGCUGCUGGGAUGCCUGCAGGCUUCCGCCCCCAACCCGUUCUUCUUCAGCCAGGCCGUGGAGCUCCUCCACGAGUUCGUCCAGCACCGGGGCCUGGAGCUCUUCGAGGACGCCGUGCUGCAGAUGGAGUGGCUGGGCGCGCGGGACGCCGGCGUGGCCGCGGAGGCCGCCGAGCGGGCCCGGGGCCUGGUCGGCGGGGUGGUGAAGAUCGUCAGCGCCGUCAAGAAGGCCAAGUCGGAGCAGCUGCACCAGUCCGUGUGCGCCCGCCGCCGCCAUCGGCGCUGCGAGUACUCGCACUUCCUCCACCACCACCGGGACCUCUCGGGCCUGCCCGUCUCCGCCUUCAAGCAGCCGGCGCACCACAACCCCUUCGAGGAGGAGGCCCCCGACGGGCAGGUGCGCUACCCCGACCGCUGCUGCUGCCUGGCGGCCUGCGCCCACCAGUGCCUCCGCCUCCUGCAGCACGUGUCCUCCGGCGGGCCCGCCUGCCUGCAGAUCCUGGGCGGCGUGCAGGCGGUGGGCAUCUGCUGCUGCAUGGACCCCCGCUCCGUGGUGGCGCCUCUGCUGCACGCCUUCCGGGCGCCGGCCCUGCGCAGCUACCAGCCCCACGUGCUCACCCUCCUGAGCCGCCUGGUGCUGGAGCAGCUGGGCGGGGGGCAGCCCUCCGAGAAGGCCAGGCAGGCCUCCUGCAACAUCUGCACGGUGGACGGCAGCCAGCUGCCCAGCCUGGAGGGGGGGGCCGAGCCGAGUUCGGCCUCGCCCAGCCCGUCCUAUCGCCCCCAGGGGAUCCUGCCCAGCGGAGGGGCAGAAGACAUGUUGUGGAAGUGGAACGCCCUGGAGGCCUACCAGGACUUGGUGUUUAGCGAGGACCGGCAGCUGAGCCUGCAGAUCGCCGGGCACGUUUGCCAGCUCACCCAGCGGGGCAAUGCGGUCGUGCAGUGGCAGCUCUACACCCACAUAUUUAGCCCCGUCCUCCAGAGGGGAGUGGAGCUGGCACACCACGCCCAGCAGCUGGCCAUCGCCACCACCUGCGCCGAGGUCUGCAGCUACCACAGCGCCUGCCUGCCCCUGGAGGUCCUGCAGGUCUACCUCCAGACGCUGCCUGCGCUCCUCAAGUCCAGGGUGAUCAGGGACCAGUUCCUGAGCUGUAACGGCUUGAGUCAGAUGACGGAGCUGAUCUACCUGGACCCGGUGCGGUCGUCGGCGCUGAAAGUGUUUGAGACUCUGAUCCUGAGUGCAGCAGGGGAGCAGCCGGCAGCCGGCGCCCUGCGAGAGCCGGAGACCGCCGAGGCCGGGGAGAGAGAGAGGGAGGCACAGGCGCUGGAGCAGGGGGCAGGCCCGGGCGGCAGGGCGGCGGGAGAGGGGCCACAGAACCUCAGCAGGUUCUACGCGGGGCUGAAGGAGGCCGGCCCGCGCAGGAGGAGCAGCCGGGGAGGAGGCGGGAGCGAGGCCCACCUCGGCGCCAUCAACCUCUUCUUGUGCGUGGCCUUCCUGUGCGUCAGCAAGGAGGCGGAGGCGGACCGGGACUCGGCCAACGACUCGGAGGACACCUCGGGGUACGACAGCACGGCCAGUGAGCCCCUGGGCGGCCGCCUGCCCUGUCUGUCCCCCGACAGCGUGGUGCUGCCUUCCAAGGAACAGAUCCGCCGGGCAGCAGACGUGUGGGCCGCCUGCCGCGGGAUCUACCUCUCCAGCCCUGUCUUCCAGAGGCAGUUCUACAAGCUAGGCGGGCUGGACGUCUGCCCCCGGCUCAUCAUCAUGGUCAUCCAGAAGCUGGCUUUAAGAACCAAGGACAGCAAGGCCAAGAAGAGGGACACCCAAGGCAGCUCCAGCCCAUCCCAGCAGGAUCUCCGCCCGGCAGGGUCCGUCACCUCGCUGCCCACCCAGGCGGACGACUGCCAUCGGGGGCCGGCCGACGCCUGCAGCCUGGGACAGAUUGCAUCCAAUGGGAAAGACUUGGCCACGAGACUGGAAGAGGAGUGGCCCCAUCAGAGCAUCAGGCUCCUGGAAGCUCUGCUGGCAAUAUGCUUGCACAGUGCUAACCAGGGACCCCAGAAAACAGAACCAGAGCUCUCCUUUCAGCAGCUGACCGUGGAGGAGACCCUCGGCGAGGUGCGGGAGCAGCUGUCCCACUCUGGGGUGGUGAGUUCGGACCUCGCUCUCCCGCUGUUCGACUCCCUGCUCCGCGUGGCCCUGGCAGAGGUCUCCUCCGGCUCGGAAUCCCCUGAGGAGAAAACGGAGAGGAAGCACCAGGCCGGUGAGGAGGAGUCAGCCACCCCCCUCGGGGACCUGUCGGAGGAGGUGGAGGAGCCCCAGUGCUGCGGCGUCAAACUCCCGGGCGAGGAGGAGGGGUACGAGGCCGACAGCGAGAGCAACCCCGAGGACAUGGCCAGCCGGGAGGAAGGAGAGAGAGGAGCGGAGCCCCCCCCUCCCGGCGAGAGCGAACUGGGGAGCCUGGCAGAGGAUCCUAGCCGGGGGGUGCUCCUGUACCCCGAGAUCUGCACCAUGGAGCUGCAGCUGCUGUCGGCAGGGGCCCCCGACCUGCAGGUGCUCACCCACGUGUUCCGCAGCCUGCUGGGGGUGGUGCGGAGCUGCCCCCGCAACGCCAUGCUGCUCUACCAGCAGGGUGCUGUGAAAACAAUUUUAACAGGAUUUCAGAAUAUUUUGAGCCAUGCAGACCCUUCUGCAGCAGAGUGCCAGGCUGUGCUGGUGGAGCUCCUGGUCGCCAUGGUGAGUGUGCGGAUCCAGGCGGAAGAGCUGUCCCUGCUGAUCCGACUCUUUCUGGAGAAAGCACCCCCCACUGAGAUCCUGCUGAACGGGAUCCUCCGGAUCGUGGAAGCGAACGUGCACAUGGAGCCCCUGCAGCACCUGUCCUUCCCGCUCCUGCCCAGCUCUUCCAGCCCCGGGGGGCCCCCCGCAGGGCCCAAGCAGAGCGGGGCGCCGGGGGCCAAGGGCGCGGGGCUGCUGCGAAGGGCCCGGGCGUCUCCCGGCCGGAGAGAGGCCGAGGGCGACGCCCUGAGCCACCAGCUGUCAUCCUCCUGGCACGUGGCUCCCAUCCACCUGCCCCUGGUGGGGCAGAACUGCUGGCCCCACAUGGCGGAGGGCUUCGGCGUGUCUCUGUGGCUGAGGGCCCAGGUUCCUGCCGACGGGGACGGUGCUGCAGACAAGAGCAGGAAGCGCAGGAGGAUGCACCUGGGGGCGUUCAGGGACAGCAGCGUGGACAGCACAGAAGGAGAGAAGAAACGGGGGGUGGACCACCAGGGUCCUUCCAGCUCUGGGGACAAGCUGGUGGAAGAAGGGUGUCUUCAUGUCAUCUCUCUGGGCUCCAAAGCACUAAUGCUGCAGGUCUGGGCUGAUCUCAACACAGGGACAUUCAUUUUCCGGAUUUGCAUCGAUCCCAACGAUGAGAUGAAGGCUGGCCUCCUGGCUCAGGCCGAGUCGGAGGAGGGCCUUCUGACUCCGGGCAGAUGGCAGCACCUGGCCUUCAACUACACCCAACAGCCAGAGGGCAAGAAGAAUGUGCAUGGGAAACUGGUGAUGUGGGUCUCGGGGCAGAGGAAAUGCGAAAUCUCUUUGGACUACACUCUCCCAAGGAAGUCCAGCUUAUCCUCAGACAGCAAUAAGACCUUCUGCAUGGUGGGCCACUAUGUUCAUUCAGCAGAGGACCAGUCAAGACUGGCAGGGAGCUGGGACAUUGGCAGUCUGCUGCUCUUUAACGGCUCUAGGAUUGGUCCCGAAGAGGCGUUUUACCUGUAUGCCAGUGGUCCAGAUUUCACCUCCAUUAUGCCGUGCAAAUACGGGAAGCCCAGCCUGAGGUUCUCCAAGUACAUCACUCUGGAGGGGCUGCAGUGUGAGGAACUGAAGGAGCUGCUGAUGAAGAACAGGGAGAUCGACCCUGGGCCACUGAUUGAAAGCCUAGCAGUGGCCUAUGCGCCCAGCUGCCCAGCCCAGUACACCAUCUACGAGCCGGUGAUCCGCCUGAAGGGGCAGGCCAAGAUGGUGGCCUCUCAGAGACCCUUCAGUGCUAAAGAGGCGCAGAGCAUGGUGCUGGAGCCCCAGUACCUGAGGACCCUGUGCCCCACCGAGCCCCAGGGCCUUCAGAGCAUUCUGCACAGGAUCGGGGGGGCUGGGACCUUCGUCUUCCUCUUCGCAAGGGCAGUGGAGCUCAGUGACUGUGAGAAGAUUCAGGCAUUAGCCCUGCAGGUGCUCCUGUCCCUCGUGAGGUACAACCAGCACCGGGUCCACGAAAUGCAGAGCUGCCAUGGCUACUCCAUGAUCCACCAGGUGCUCAUCAAGUCCAAGUGCAUCGUGGGCUACCAUAUGCUAAAGACCCUGCUCGAUGGCUGCUGCAGUGGCCAGGUCCUUACUGUGAGCGAAGACGGCCAGUUCAGGCUGGAUCCGGAGUCUACGGCUGUGGUUGUGGACCUCACGUUGCUGUCCGAGGUGCUGCGGGACUGGAAGAUCUGGGCCAAGGCUCAGAGUGGCGUUUGGGAGACCUUGCUGGCAGCUCUGGAGAUUCUCAUCAGGGUUCACCACCCCCAGCAGGUGUUCAACAUCAAGCAGCUCCUAAAGGCGCAGGUGGUCCAUCACUUCCUGCUCACCUGUCAAGUGCUGCAGGAGCAUCGUAACGAGCACCUGACAUCAAUCCCACAGGAUGUCUGCCUGUCCUUCGUCAAGAUCAUCCAGGAGGUGCUGGGAUCCCCCCCUGACCUGGACCUUCUCAGACUCAUCUACAACUUUCUGCUUGCAGUACAUCCCCCCACGAACACCUACGUCUGCCACACGCCCUCCAGCUUCUACUUCUCUCUGCAUAUUGAUGGCAAGCUCUAUCAGGAGAAGGUGCAGUCCUUCAUGUAUCUCAGGCAUUCGAGCAGCGGAGUUCGCUCAGCUGGCAGCUCUACUGUCUCUCUUUCCCCGUCAGGCUUCACUGAGGCUCCUGUAGAAGAAACCAUCAUGGCCCACAGCUCGGAGCGGGAGACUGGCCUGGUGGUGGACAGCCAGUUCCGCAACCCCCAGAGCUGGUCACCUUCUCCCACCUCCUCCCCUCCGCUGCCCCCCCAUCAGGCGGGCCGAGCCUUGGGGGAGCCCAGCAGGCGAGCCGGGCAUGAGAGGCGGUCCUCAGGAGCCCAGCAGGCGCACGGGGCCACCGAGACCCUCAAGAGGGCCAGCGAAGAGCAUCUCGUCAGCAGCUGCGAGUCGGUCCAGACCAUCUGCGACUCCAGAGAGGCGGGCGAGACCCCCCAGCUCUCCAGCACGCCCACCAUCCGCAUUGAGCAGGAGGCGGGAGAGAACAGCAGGCCAGAGGGCCUGGCGGACGGCAGCGGCGAGGGCAGCCCGCGAAGCCUCGAGUCGGAGGAGCAGUUCGACCCCCCGGCGGAGGAGGGCAUCCGACGCCCGGACAGCUUGAAGGGCAUCCAGUCUUUCCAGAGGAGCCAGAGCAACUUCGCGAGCCUGGGCCUCGCCUUCCCGGCCCAGAAUGGCUCCCUGGCCAUCGCGCUCUGGCCUAGCCUGGCCGACAGGGGCCAGCUGCCCGAGGACUGGGAGAGCUACACCUUCUCUCCCGGCUACGAGCGCGCCUACAGCAGACCUGACUCUACGGGAGACAGGUCCAGCACGGAGGACUGCCUGGUGCUGAUCUGCUGCGGCCUGUACGAUCUGCUGCGGGGCGUGCUGCUGCUCCUGCCGGACCUCAUGCUGGAAGACGUGAUGGACAAGCUGAUCCAGCCGGAGGCUCUCAUCGUCCUGGUCAACCACCCCUCGCCCCUCAUACAGCUGGGAGUCAUGAAGCUGCUGGAUGCGUACUUUAUCCGGUCAACAAAGGAUCAGAGAGAGAAGUUCCUCAAGAACUAUGGGUUCUCCUUGCUGGCCAAUCAGCUGUACCUGCACCAGGGGACACAGGGGCUCCUGGAGUGCUUCCUGGAGAUGAUGUUCGGCCGUCCGGUGGGCAUGGAGGAGGACCUUGACCUGGAGGACAUGGAGAAGGUCGACCCCUUCUUGAAGAGAUGCAUCAUUCCGGUUCUGGGGCUGAUCGAGAACUCCCUGUACGAGAACACGCUGGUGCACAACACGCUGUUUGUCCUCCUGCAGCUGCUCAACGCCUGCUCCAAGCUGGCCGACAUCCUGCUGGACAACGGGCUCCUCUACGUGCUCUUCAACACGCUGGCGGCCCUCAAUGGCCUGGAGAACAGGAUCCCGCUGAACGAUUACAAGCUCCUGGUGUGUGACAUCCAGCAGGUGCUGGUGGCGGUGACCAUUCACUCUUGCAGCUCCUCGGGCUCUCAGUACUUCCGCAUCAUCGAGGACCUCAUCACGCUGCUGGGCUACCUGCAGACCAGCAAGAACAAGCGCACACAGGAAAUGGCUGUGGCUCUGCAGUUCCGGGUUCUCCAGUCAGCCAUAGAGUUCAUCAAGACGACAGCAAAUCAGGACCCCCAGAAGCUGAGCAGCUCAGUGCACCUACCUCCUCUCCAGCACAGCGCCAUCUACCAGAAGCGCAAGAGCAUUGCAGGUUCAAUUGCCAUGAAAGACUCCAUUAUCCCACGCAUCCCGAGACAGCAUUACUGUUCCUUCGGGCAGAUUCCGCUGCCUGCUUCCUACGGCUUUUUCUCCCUGGAGUCUCCCCUCCCGUCCCCCACGGGAUCCCCGGGCUAUGUCUUUCCCAGUGAAACAGGCCCUCGCAGGUUCUCCCUGGCGCAGUCCGACUCCCUGCUGACGCAGCUGCGCUCCGUGGCCAGCGACGAGCUGGCGGUGAUGAUGCAGAGGAGGAUGAGCCAGGAGAACCCCAUCCGCGCGGCGGAGGCGGAGUACGUGCAGCGGCUGCAGAGGCUGACCGUGCUGGCCGUCAACAGGCUCAUCUACCAAGAUGUCAGCCAGGACUUCUUUGACCUCCUGAAUAUCCCCGAGUCCCCCAGCCACCAGCAAGCUGCGGGUGCCCAGUGUGAGCACCCAGAGGAAAACGGCACCCCAGCCCCCCCUGCCAACAUGAAGACGUUUCAGAAGGAGAUCCUGAAGCUCAUGAUGGAAGGAAUCAAAUCAGGCUUUGGCACUGGGGGCCGAGGCAGUGCCCCCCGGAGCCAGUGGAGGCGAAUUCUCUGGUCCUGUCGGGACACCUUCCGGGUCCAAAUGGGCCGCCUGCUGGUCCACAUCCUGUGCCCGGCUCGUCCCCUGGAGCACAGGAAGCAUGCCCUGGAGAUCGUCAACGACCACAGUCACCCCGACAUCCUGCGUGAGUGCCUCAGCCCAGGCCUGGAGCACGGCCCAAAAUUAGCCUUAUACCUCUACGAGCUGCUGCACGAUCACAAGGAGCAUCUGUCCAAGGAGGAGCAGGCCGCCGUGGGCGUCUUCAUGACCUCCCUGAAGCUGUGUGGCCAUCGCUGCAUCCCCCCCAGUGCCCCGCCCAAGCCCGACCUCAUGAAGGCUAUCAAAGAGGAACAGCUGAAAUAUGAAUCCGAAGAAAAAAAUAGCAAAGCCGCCUGGGAAAAGAAAAUGGCAAAUGUCCAACACAGUCUCAUCCAGCGGCUGGACAGCAAGUCCAAGGACAUUUCCAAGAUCGCGGCCGACAUCACGCAGAACGUGUCCCUGCGCCAGGGCAUGGAGAGGAAGAAAGUCAUCCAGCACAUCCGGGGGAUGUACAAGGUGGAGCUGAGCGCCAGCCGCCACUGGCAGGAGCUGGUACAGCAACUCACGCACGACCGGGCGGUGUGGUACGACCAGGCGUCCUACCCGACCUCGUGGCAGCUGGACCCCACCGAGGGCCCGAACCGGGAGCGGCGCCGGCUGCAGCGGUGCUACCUGACCAUCCCCAACAAGUACCUGCUGAAGGACCGGCAAAAGCCCGAUGAGCCCGUCAAGCCACCCCUGGCGUACCUCUUCGAAGACAAGACUCAUUCCUCCUUCUCCUCCACGGUGAAAGACAAGGCCACCAGCGAGGCCAUCAGGUUCACCAGGAGGUGUAUCAACGUGGCCCCCUCCAGGGAGACACCAGGGGAGCUGCUCUUGGGGAAGUCUGGGAUGUACUUCGUGGAAGACAAUGCCACUGAUGCCUGUGAUAGUCAAAGCCCUCCCGGGGAUACGGAGCCCGCCUCGUUCUCCUGGACCUACGAGGAGAUCAAGGAGGCCCACAAGCGCUGGUGGCAGCUGCGGGACAACGCCGCGGAGAUCUUCCUGACCAACGGGCGCACUCUGCUGCUGGCCUUUGACAACGCCAAGGUCCGCGAUGACGUUUACCACAACAUCCUGACUUCCAACCUCCCCAAUCUGUUGGAGUACGGAAACAUCACUGCCUUAACGCACCUGUGGGGCUCGGGCCAGAUCUCCAACUUUGAGUACCUGACCCACCUGAACAAGCACGCAGGGCGCUCCUUCAGUGACCUCAUGCAGUACCCUGUGUUCCCCUUCAUCCUCAGCGAUUACACCAGCGAGACCCUAGACCUCAACGACGCUGCUGUCUACAGGAACCUUGCGAAACCCAUAGCAGUGCAAUCCAAGGAGAAGGAAGACCGAUACGUCGACAACUAUAAGUACCUGGAGGAGGAGUUUCGGAAGGGCACCCGCGAGGACGACCCCAUGCCCCCGGUCCAGCCCUACCACUACGGCUCCCACUACUCCAACAGCGGCACUGUGCUGCACUUCCUGGUCAGGAUGCCUCCCUUCACUAAAAUGUUCUUGGCCUACCAAGACCAAAGCUUUGAUAUCCCAGACCGGACGUUCCACUCCAUGAAUACCACAUGGCGCCUUUCAUCCUACGAGUCCAUGACGGAUGUGAAGGAGCUGAUCCCGGAAUUCUUCUACCUCCCCGAGUUCCUGGUCAACAGAGAAGGCUUCGACUUCGGGGUGCGUCAGAACAGCGAGCGGGUGAAUCACGUCAACCUGCCCCCCUGGGCUCGCAACGACCCCCGCCUCUUCAUCCUCAUCCACCGGCAGGCCCUGGAGUCGGACUACGUGUCGCAGACCCUGUGCCAGUGGAUCGACCUGGUCUUCGGCCUCAAGCAGAAGGGCAAGGCCGCCGUGCAGGCCAUCAACGUGUUCCACCCUGCGACGUACUUCGGCAUGGACGUGUCGGCGGUGGAGGACCCCGUGCAGAGGAGGGCCCUGGAGACCAUGAUCAAGACCUACGGCCAGACGCCCCGGCAGCUCUUCAGCACGGCCCACAUCAGCCGGCCGGGGCCUCGGCUGGUCAUGGAGGGGGAGCUGCCUGCCGCGAUGGGGCUGCUCGUCCAGCUGGCCUUCCGCGAGCCCAGGGAGCACGCCAAGGAAGUAGUCUACCCGAGCCCCCUGCCCUGGAUCAAAGGGUUGAAGUGGGGGGAGUACGUGGGCUCCCCCAGUGCCCCCGACCCGGUGGUGUGUUUCAGCCAGCCCCACGGAGAGCGCUUCGGGUCCCUGCUGGCCCUGCCCACCCGCGCCAUCUGCGGGCUGUCCAGGAAGUUCUGCCUGAUGAUGAUUUACAGCAAGGAGCAAGGUGUGCGGAGCAUGCACAGCACCGACAUCCAGUGGUCGGCCAUCCUCAGCUGGGGCUACUCCGACAACAUGCUGAGACUGAAGAGCAAGCAGAGCGAGCCGCCCGUCAACUUCAUCCAGUGCUCCCAGCUGCACCAGGUGAGUCCGGACUCCCCGUCAGGCCGGCGCCACCUGUCGGGAACUGAGGGAACACGCCUCUUCUGCUGCUAUAACUGCAGGGCGGCGUAGGUACCGCUGGAACAACAUGUGACAACAUGCGAAGCAAGAGCCAUUUCCUAUUGAAUCUUCUUGGCAAAAGAGCAGCGUUCACUUUUAGACA